AUGUUCUCUUUGAGGACGGCGCAACCUGCGCAGUCUUUCCUCCGUCGCGUUGCGGCCCCGACUUCCUUCGUCCGUUCCUCCAUCCCGGCAAGAUCAUUUGCUAGCGUGCAGUCGGAUAUCUUUAAGCCCACCAAGUAUGGUGGCAAAUACACCGUCACUCUGAUUCCCGGUGACGGAAUUGGUGCCGAGGUUGCUGAAUCGGUCAAGACCAUCUUCAAGGCCGACAAUGUCCCCAUUGAGUGGGAGCAGGUAGAUGUUAGCGGUGUGGACACCGGUAACAAACACUCGGAGGAGCUCUUCAAGGAAUCCAUUGCCUCCCUGCGGCGUAACAAGUUGGGUCUCAAGGGUAUUCUCUUCACCCCCGUUGAGCGCUCCGGCCACCAGUCCUUCAACGUUGCUCUUCGUCAGGAGCUCGAUAUCUUUGCCUCGAUUGUUCUCAUCAAGAACAUUCCGGGAUACAAGACCCGCCACGAAAAUGUUGAUCUUUGCAUUAUCCGUGAGAACACAGAGGGCGAAUACUCUGGCCUCGAACACCAGUCCGUGCAAGGUGUUGUGGAGUCAUUGAAGAUCAUCACUCGUGCCAAGUCUGAGCGCAUUGCUAAGUUUGCCUUUGGCUUUGCUCUUGCCAACAACCGCAAGAAGGUUACUUGCAUCCACAAGGCCAACAUCAUGAAGCUUGCCGACGGCCUUUUCCGCAGCACCUUCCAUAAGGUUGCGGAGAACUACCCGACUUUGGAGGUCAACGAUAUGAUCGUCGACAACGCUUCCAUGCAAGCUGUUUCGCGGCCCCAGCAGUUCGACGUUAUGGUCAUGCCCAACCUGUAUGGAGGUAUCCUCUCUAACAUCGGCUCUGCCCUUGUCGGUGGUCCCGGCGUUGUCCCUGGCUGCAACAUGGGACGUGAUGUUGCAGUGUUUGAGCCUGGUUGCCGUCAUGUUGGGCUUGACAUCAAAGGCAAGGACCAGGCGAACCCCAGCGCUAUGAUCCUAUCCGGAUCCAUGCUCCUGCGCCACCUGGGACUGGACGACCACGCGAACCGCAUCUCGAAGGCUGUUUAUGAUGUGAUCGGUGAAGGUAAUAUGAGGACCCGGGAUAUGGGUGGACAGGCCACCACUCAUGAAUUUACCAGAGCCGUCCUUGACAAGAUGGAGGCUGCUCUGUGA